AAGGAUCUGAAGAAUAUAAUUCAAAUAAAUCUUAUUUUGAUAGUGUAAAAAAAAAAUGUAAUGAUUAUAAAAAUGAUGUUAGAAAUUUUGGAAAAGCAAGAACUAAAUAUAAAGAAAAACAAAGAUUUGUUAAAAUAGAAACAGAAAAUCAAGUUUUAAAAAAAGAGCUUAAACAACAAAAAGAACUUUUAGAUCAAAUUAAUAAUAUGGAGAUUCAAAAAAGGGAUUUACGUUAUUUAAGUGAUGAAGAAAAUAAAAAUGCUAUUGAAAAAUAUUUUAAUCUUGAAGAUCCAAAAUUUCUUAGAUUAUCAGCUAGUAUACGAGGUUUUAAAUUUGAAGAUAAGAUGUUACAAUAUUUAUCACAUGUUUCAAGUGAUGCAGUUAUUAGAAGAGUGCCUGAUAAAGGAAUUGAUCUUAGUGGUGUAUUUAUGCAUGUAAAAUAUAUAAUGCAAUUAAAAUAUCAUUAUAAGCCUGAUGAUCAUAAAGUAGAUGUUAAAGUUGUUCGUGAAUUUUAUGGUGCAUAUAAUAUAUAUCAUGAAAAGAAAAGUGAUUAUGUUGGUAUUAUUGUAACUAAUGGAUAUUUUACUAAUGAUGCUAAAAAAACAGAAGCUAAAAAUUGUAAUGGUAAAAUUCAUUUAUAUACACAUAAAGAAUUGUAUGGUUUAUUUAAAAAAUUAAAUAAUAAAAUUAUAGAGAAUAUUAAUAGUAAUGGUAGUAUACAAUUUGAAAAUAAUGAUAUUACUAAUUUUUCUUUAAAUUAUUCUGAUAAUCUAAAAAUUUAUAUUUAUAAACUUAAUAAUGAAUAUAUUACUUGUGAAAAAACUUCUAAAAAAAAUGAAGAUGUGAUUAGUAAUAAAUUGAAUCAAGAGUUUUCUUUUAAUCCUAGAUUUGAUGAUAUCCAACCUAUUCAUGAUAGAUAUAAAUUAUAUGAAUAUUUUUUAAAUGAAUUUGAGUUUAAUAUUUUGAAUAAAAGAAAAAAGGAUAAAUUAAAUAAAAUAGAAUUAGAUGAAAUUAUUAAUAAUUUUAAUUUGCCAACUACAAAUACUAUUCGAACAAAAAUUACCAAUUUAUUAUUAGUAAAGAAUCAAAAAUAUUAUGAUAAUAUAUAUAAUAGUAAAAAAAGAAAAUUUGAACAUGAAAUAGAAUUAUUUGAACAUACUAGAAAUAAAAUACUUAAAGAAAUUAAUAGUGAAAAUCCACAUAUGACUAUUAAUGUAGUAGAAAAAAUUGAAAUUACAAAACGAACAA